AUAUUUUACAUUGGAAAAUUGAUUUUUAUGGUUUUUUUUCUUUUCUUGUUUUUGCCUUUUGUUUCCAUCUGAUGGUAUCAUUUUUCUAAGGUGGCUUGCAACUUGAAAAUUCUUCUAAAAGCUGACGUUGGUUUCAGUUUUUCUUUAUCUUUUUGUUCUUUUGCUUAUGGCUCGGUGAUUACAAGACAUUUUUGUAAUCUGAAAAACCUAAUUAAAUCUUGGCUUUUUUCUUAGAAGAAGAAGGGGUGACGUUAUCAUCAUAUCAUAAAGUUGCAUGAAAUUUGUUUGCCUUCCAAAACCCAUAUCCAGCUGUUUUCUUUUCUUGUCUCUUUUUGAGUCAUGGUUUUGCUUUGCAAUGUAUGAUUGAGUCAUUUGGAUCUAGUUAUAAUCUCAAAAUAUAAAUUAUAUAGUCAUUAAUUGCAAUUUGUUUGAGAGAUUAUUCGUAAACUGAUUCAUUUUUGCACUAUUGUAGUUAAUCAUAUGUCAUAAAGAAAGUUUGAAUCUUCAUGUCAUGUCAUUUCUUCUUCUUGGGCCCUUCUCUGCUAAAUUUUUGUAGUGAAGUUAGUGAUAAUAAUAAAUGAAAAUAAGUAGCUAAAUCAAAUCAUCCAGAUAUAAGAUUUUCAUGUCCAAUUGGAUUGGACGUGGCCAAUCUUCUAGAGGAAAGAGGUGUUUUUUCAUAUUAAUGGUUAGUUCUUGAUUACAGAUAUCUCUGUUCUUGAAAAAAUGAGACCUCAGCAUUAAAUGUUGGAAAAGGAAGGUAGAUGCAUAGGUAAAUGAGUAAAAAUAUAAACUUUCGUGGUUGUUGGUUUUCUGAUUUCUGAUUAGAUGAUCAUGUUGGCCAAAAACUCACCAACCAGAACAGUGCCUCUUUCAAUAAGUAGAGUGAAAAGAUAAAAGAGAAUUAAUUGUAAGCUUCACAAGUAAGUAGGUUGUUGCAACUCUCAGUACGACUUGCAGUUGCAGAGUAAUUUCACUCUUUCCAAUAUUUAGUAAUAUCAAACUAGAUAGGAUUCGUACAAUCUUCUAAUAUAUUACUCUAAUGUCCAAUAAACCAUAACUCUCUAGAAGGAUUUUCUUUUUUCCCUAUCUUUUUGUGAUGUUUCUGUGAAACUUUCCAUUAUUCUUUUCUUUUUCUGAGAUCCAGGCAGCGAAACUCGCAGAAUGGCCACACAGCAUUAUAUAGAAGAAAGUAUAGAAGAAAAUGACCAUAUGAGAGAGGAUAACUGGAAGUCUACAUCUGAUAAUAUUGCAGAUUCAGAAGAUAGCACAUCUAGUGGGUUUGAGUGCAAUAUUUGUCUUGACUCUGUGCAAGAACCCGUGGUCACCCUUUGUGGUCACCUUUAUUGUUGGCCCUGCAUUUACAAAUGGCUUCAUUUCCAGAGUAUUUCUGCUGAAAAUGAAGAUCUUGAACCACAGCAGCAAUGUCCUGUAUGCAAAGCUGAAGUUUCUGAAGGUACCUUAGUUCCACUCUUUGGCCGCGGCCAAACUGCAAAACCCUCAAAGAGCAAAGCCCCUAAUCUUGGUAUAAUCAUUCCUCGAAGACCUCUUGGUCUUGCUUGUGGAUUUGACUCACCAAGAUCGCCUUUUAUGACAAGCAGUCCUCAACCAACCCAGCAAACAUAUAAUCGUAAUUAUACUAAUCACUCCCAAGUAUACUACUCUCGACCAGGAGGUUAUUCUCCUUCACCUAUGAUCAAUCCUCGUGUCACUGCAGCGAACAUGUUCGAUCCAGUUAUUGGAAUGUUCGGAGAAAUGAUUUACGCAAGAGUGUUCGGUAAUUCAGUGACUAAUAUUUACAGUUACCCUGAUUCAUAUAAUCUUGCAGGAAGUACUAGUCCUAGAGUGAGAAGGCAUGUUAUGCAGGCUGACAAGUCACUCAGCAGAAUCUGCUUUUUCCUCUUCUGUUGUGUAUUUUUAUGUUUUCUCUCAUUUUAACUGAACAUAUAUAUACGUAUAUGUUCUUAAUAUGCAUACCUGUAAAAAUUUCUCAAGAUAUCACAGAAUCAGCCGGAUGUGAACUAGAUGUUAUAGCUUAUUUGUAAUUACAAAGUCUUCUUCUGAGCUUAAUGGUCAAGUCUUCUUAAUGGUUUUGAUGAUCAAA